AUGAAAUUUCCUCCGGUGAAACAAACGAGGCUGGAUCGUCGUUAUGACUGGGUUGGUCCGCCUGAUAAAGUUUCCAGAAUACGUCCGAUUCGGCUGAGAAGGCUUCACGACGAAACUUCUACAGAACGAAAAUUUCGAGAAUUUUGGGAAAAUAUGAAUGAGUGGAAUCAUCGAUUUUGGGAAACUCAUAAUCUCUUAUACGAAAAAAGAAAGGCUGAGUUUAUUGCACAUAAAAAAAGUAAUUCGCUUUUGCACGAGAAGCCGACCGCUAACGAAUUGUCAGACUUUUAUAAGAGUUUCUUAAACGAAAAUUACGAAAGUUUGGCUGCAUACAACAGAGAAUGGUACUCUAGGAACUUUAAACUGCUUUGGUUAGCCGCACAGGUCAGUGUUGUUCGAUUCCGGCGCAUGUUUUUCAAAUGGUUUUAG